UAUUUCCGCCUGCGCAAAACGAGUGUAGUUUCCUGGUCUUGUGGUCGCGGUCCUUCGCUGUCCCGCGCUAUCGCAAGCCACCGCACGCCAUCUCUCGAAAUCUGCAGACAUCCUGCUUUUUCCCGGGCUGUCUGCCACGUCUCCGCCGCCACUCGACGUCAGGGCACCGGGAGUGUCACAUGACUGCUGCCCCAUGUGAGAGAUGUCCUCCAGGACAGCAUGGGUCCUGAGGUUCCAGGAGGGUCGCUUCACUACAGAGCCUGGCAGUUAGCCAAGAUUGCACCACUGCAUUCUAGCCGCGGUGACAGAGGAAGACUCCGUCUUGAAAAAGAAACGGUGAAAGAAAACCACUGGAUGGAAAUCUCUCCCAAGCCAGCACCCUGUGAACCCUGAAGAUAAGCCAUAUGACUUAUCACAUCCAGUGUGCAAGUGAUUGUUCUGGCACCAUGCCCAGCAAGUGCUAAAACAUGGGUCAGAGUCAGGCUACACUUUGCUCAGUGCUCGGUGGUCCUGGCUGCCACUCGGGAAGCUCUGUUCCCAGGGAGCAGGUCUGAGAAGCAGGGGUGGACUUCCCUGAGAUAACUGUCAUCGCGUAGCCAGCAAGAGUGGUAGCGGCCCACGAUUGGAGCACGGCCAGCAAGCGACUCACCUCCAUUUGAAGCCAUCCCCUCAGGCUGUCUGACAGUUUCCACAAUGAGAAGAGUCCUCCCAGAGAGUGACCUGCCUCAACAGAUUCUCCUGAGUUCAGGCUCCCUACACGCCUUUCCUCACUGAAUUAUGUACCAGAAUCUAAAGGUGCUGAUUGACCCUGUUUCUUUUCAAGACAAGGACACUCUCAGCAUCCACCACCUCAUGCUGCCCUGUGCUCGAGAAGAGUUGAUUGAUAAGAAAACACAGAGUGCAGUACCUCGGAUGCAGUCUGCGAUUGAACUUGAAUGCGUGAUCAGAGACCGCAAAACUAUUCCCAGAAAGGAAUUGAAUGUUCAAAAAGUUACACCGUCUACAGAUAAAAACAAGUACGGCAUUUGGCUAAGGUCAGAACCGGAUCACAUGGUCCUGGGGAAGCGUCUGAAGGGAGCCUUUAAGGCAGUGAUGACGUCCAUCAAGCAGCUGAGCAGUGAGGAGCUGGAGCAGUUCCAAAAGACUGAGACGGGGUUUCACCAUGUUGACCAGGCUGAUCUUGAACUUCUAGCUUCAAGUGAUCUUCCUGCCUGGGCAUCGCAAGGUGCUGGUAUUACAGAAGUUUCUGAGGCCUCACCAGAAGCCGAGCAGAUGCUGGUGCCAUGCUUGUAUGGCCUGCAGAACUGUCCACUAAACGUCUUUUCUUUACAGAUUGCCCAGUCUCAGGUAUAUCUUUAUAGGAAAGCAGAAUGGACUAAUACAAAUGCUAAGAGAGGCUGAGUGAUUUGCUCAAGAUCAGAAAGCCAGUGAUGGGUAGAGCCAGGUUUUGGAUCCAGGCCUGGCUGAGUCCCCAGCGUAGCUAGCUACAGCUGCAUUCUUGUGCUUUGCUGGGGGAAUUGCAGCAGGAGAUAAAGAGUGAGAUAAUCUGCCUGGCAUGGUGGUUCACACCUAUAAUCCCAGCAUUUUGGGAGGCCAAGGCGACAUCAUCUGAGAUGAGGAGUUCGAGACUAGCCUGGCCAACAUGGCAAAACCCUGUCUCUACCAAAGAUACAAAAAUGAGCCAGGUGUGGUGGCACACGCCUGUAAUCCCAGCUACUUGGGAGUCUGAGGCAGGAGAAUUGCUUGAACCUGCGAGGCGGAGGUUGUGGUAAGCUGAGAUUUUGCACCAUUGCACUCCAGUCUGGGCAAUAGAGUGAGACUCUGUCCCUGUCCCCCGAAAAUGUGGGAUAGUUCCUGAGAAAGGGGCAGGUAUAGGGCUGUGGAAUCACAGAGCAGGGAGAAUGUUCUCCCAGGUAGAGCGCUUGGGAAUGGGACGUGGGGGAAAAGAUAGUCUACUGCAGAAGAGGAAGUGGGGGAGGGACUGAUGGAGACUUAGCAGGACAUGCCAGGAGCAGCUGGAGGUUGGGCAGAGGCACAGCAAAGGCCCAGGCACAUGUGAAGGCGGUUGUUGAGUUUAAUCACAGCUAUGGGGUCGAUCCUUCGUCCUGUGAACAGUAUGAGCCCUGCAAUCCAGUGUUGUGGACCCUACGUGCUGCUACUUGGACUUUUUGAAUUACUCUGGAUUCAGAGAGCACAGCAGCCCGGUUUCAUCACUUACUGGCUGUGUGACUCUGAGCCAGAGGUUUCCUCAUCUGAAAACUGGGGGUAAUGAUAGUAGCAUCUCCC